CUGUGCGGCUGAUGUGAUUGAAUUGCGAAGCCCUUUCUUCUGCGGAGCAACUUUCUCUCCGGAAUGUCUUUGGCGCGCUUUCUGGUGUAACCAGAAAAGCUUGAGUUCUCGCGCACGCGUCUCAGUCGUCAGUCGCACGAGUGCGAGGCAAGACUCGGGCCACACAAAUCCACCUCAUCGGCCGGCGUCAGACGACCUUGUGGCGUCCUUGGAUUGACACCGUCAAGAGACACUGUCGCAGAGCUCCACCGAGAGUUGCUUGUGCCGAAGGGAGAGUCUGAAGAAUCCUACAGAGUGCCCAGAGUCAAGUGGAUACCCUGAAGAGUGUUGUGUUUUGUGUUGUGGCCAAACAAGAUUGUGGCAAAAAUUCACUGAGUAUAUCCGGGAUUUGAAGUGCGCUGUGCCCAGUACCUGAUUCAAAUUGACAUAACCAAGUGACCAAAAAGUCCUCAAAGGGGGAUUCAAACGGAAGAAGCCCCAAAAAUUAAUAAUCUGUAUGUGAUUUGGGGGGAUUUCAAGGCAAUCCCACUCCCAUCUCUCUCAUCUUUUCCUGCCCAUCUUUCGUGACCGUGAAAGUUCAGACUCAUCUGCAAAUUUUGCAUCACAAAUUCAACUUUCAUCUGUCCUAUCGAAGGUUAUAGAGAGUUGCGGGCAGCGUAAGUGAUGCUAGUUGCUGCGUGGACGUGAUUCCGGUGAUCCAUCGAUGAGUGCACCUGAAGAGAGGCGGGAGAACAUUAACAAACCCUGUGGUCUGCUCUCCCUCAUUCCUCUCGGAAUGUCCUGCCGAGGACGGGCCGAAGCCUUCGCCAGACGUCUCCAGUCCAGACUUCGGACACUGGGAACUAAUGGCUUAGACGACACGACCAAUCACACAGACAGCCCUUGGUUAAGUGGUCAGAGCAGUGAUGAAGUCAUCACGAGCCUUCCUGCUCACUUGGGAGACUCCAUUGAGUCUCCCACGGAGCUGCCAAUGGAACCCGAGAGCCCGGGUAGUCCAGCAGAGGAAUGUGAGUACACCCGCCUCAUUGAAACAACCUCCACAACUCCCCAGGAUCCUGCAGGAGAGUCAGGCUUUGUCUGCGCCUCUCCCAUGUCUCCAGGAGGUAGUGUCAGCAGCUUUAGUUCAUCCGAAGGCACCUUUUUUGAUCCCGACAGCGACUACUACGACUGUUCGGAUUCUCAAAAGGAGCCCUCGCCCACAAUCUUCAAUGGCCACGAGACAACAGAGAGUCUUUCUGAAUCACUCCCACCCUCGCAGACUGACUCCAAUUCCACUCUGACCGAAUGCCACACAUCCACAUCCAACAGUACACUACAAGAAGUGAUGGAAAUACCAUCUCUGGUGCCAAAUGAGGAGCCUCCGGAUGAGGAAGCAGAACCGGUAGCAUUAGAGGAAUUAAUAGAGGAACCAGCAACAAAUGGGCACGAAAUGCCAAAGGAGAACUUUGUACAAGAAGAGAGUCCAGACGAACGUCCUCAGAGGGUUCAGAGGAGUUCCUCUCUGAAAUCCGGGAAAACCCCACCAGGAACACCCGGAAGGAAGAAAUUUGUGAGAUUUGCAGAUGUUCUAGGCUUAGACUUAGCCGAUGUUCGCACAUUUCUUGAUGAUGUCCCUCGAAUACCUACAUCGGCCUUCGAUGACCUGGAUGUGACCACAUGUGCUGAAAACAUUCAUUUGGCUCUAGAGCCACGUGUGGACAAAGUUCUCGUUCCACUCUUCCAACAACCGAGUAGUUUGCCCAAGUUCCUGGAUUUAGUCCGGGAAAAUGGGGUAUUUCUGGAGAAUGCAGCUGUUACAGAUGCCGUCACCCUAACCAUUACCGGAUGCGUCCGGGUGCGCAAUCUAGACUUCCACAAAUCCGUCCAUAUUCGCUACAGCACAGACGCCUGGCGCAGUUAUGCAGAUCUUCAGGCAAAUUAUGUGGAGAAUUCCUGUGACGGUUUCUCAGACAAAUUCUCCUUCAUUCUGUUCGGGAAUGCCCUGCAAGUGGGACAACGACUGGAACUUGCAAUUCGCUUCCAAUGCCAUGGCCAGCAAUUCUGGGACAAUAACUAUGGUUCGAAUUACUGCUUCCAGUGUCUCCCAGCAACGACACUCCCAACAAAACCACCCAAAAGGGAGCCCGAGAAUGAGGAUUCCUGGGACAUAUCAUUCUACUGAAUAAUACUUUGGCCAGGAGAACUCCAAUAAUAUACUCCCAUGAUCUUUAGGGUGAUAAUUGAAUCUUAAGGACUGCAGAACUUAUUGAGCAGAUAAUGGGUGCUAAUUCUGUUUUAGGACAUUUAAAAUUCUUUCCUUUAAAAUUUCUAGGAAAUUGGAAAUACUUAUGGUGAAGUUCAAAUUAAAAAUUAAUAUGUUUUUUAGAACUUUAUACUGUUUUCAAGUUUUUUUUUUACAUAAUCGAAUUUUCUUAGUAUUGAUUCCGAUCACGACUAUUUGGUGGUUUUAGAACAUAGCGGGAACUAGGGAAAAUAGUCGAGACAUGAACCACCAAAACGAAAAGUCGAUUGUGCAGAAGCACUUGAGAGCAGUAAAGUGGAACAGCGCCAUUAUUAUUUGAUGUUUUUUAAUCCUUAGUUCCUGUUUACCGUGCAUAAUUGUUUUCAAAGUUUAAAAUUCGAAAUGCUGUCACUGAGAAAAAAAAACGGGGGUGCGAUUAACUUUUUUUCCUCGUAACUUUAACACCUUUUAGGUGUAAAAACAUAUCAACAUUUUUUAAUGUUAAUUUCACACCUUUUUAAGGGUAAAAUUAACAUGAAAAAGGGUAACUUUAACCCCUAAUACACCUGAAAAGCAUAAUACUUACACCGAUUUCGGAUCAAUAUUGCAGAGUAAAAUUAACAUUUCCGGAAUGUUAUUUUAACUUUUUAGGAUUUCUCUCAGUGUAGGGACAAUAAAUGCGAUCUUAGGGCUGAACAGAAGACCCUCGAAUGUUACAAAGAAUUGUAAGGUUACCAUUAAAUUGCGUUACAAUCAAAAAUUAAAAAAAAAACGGUUUAAUGAAACCGAAAAUAAGUGCAAUAGAAUUUAUGGUUUGAAAUACAACCCAUUAAAAGCGUAUUCUUAAAAGUUUAUUUUUUUUAAGAACAGUUUUGAGCAAGUUAAGCAAGACAGGGCAAGGUAUCUGAUUUAUUUUUUAGAACAAAUAAUUUUCUAAAAGACUACAAUAAAAUCCACAAAGAUUUUAGAUAACUUAUGAAUACAACGACUGCGUAUCCUGCGAAUAUUUUUUGUUAUUUAUCUUUGAUGAAUGUUUUGAAUUAGGGUAAAAUGAUACAAUUUGGACAUAGUGUUACAAGUUGGACAGGGAUUUUUUCUUCAUAAAUACAGUACUAUUUUUUUAUGCACAAGGAACCAAAUUUUAAAACUAAAGCAUUAAAAAUAUACGAAUAAAAAUGAACUACUAAAUUUAUCAAGAAAAAAAGCCCUGUCUAACUUGUACCACUUUACCCUAUCAUUGAUAAUGUCGAGAAACCUUGAGGGGUAUUAUAAAAAGAGCCCAAUAAUAUAACAAUAAAAUAAUGAUUGAUAAAAAAAAACACUAAAAGCCUAAUCAAAAUUGUCGACGAAUAAUAACAAUCUAGCAAUAUGUUUAAAACGGGUAAUGCAGCUAUUACAUUGAAAAACCUAUAUCAAAAUCAAAUCAAUAUUGAUAUCACUGUAAAAAAGUAAGUUCAUAGUUGUACUAAAUCACAGCUACGUAUUCAAAAUCUAAGCCAUCUCUUUUUAGUACAAGUGAGAUGCAAAAUAUGACAACUAAUGAUAGUGAAAGAGAAUGAAAGUAUUUGAUGUUGAAUAAUAAUUUAAUUUGGCAUCAACUAUGAAAAUUCUCCUAAUUCAUUCCUUUUUAUGUACGAGUAUUCUGCGUUUUCACUGUCUUGUACUAAAAACUGUGCUAGGUCUUUUAGAGUAUAUAUGAGAUUUAGUACAAACAUUCCCACAUGCCUUUCAUAACCUUAAAAAAAAACUUUUGAAAGCUUAUGCAUUGAAGGAAAUCCAUCACAGAAUAAGGAAAUUUUUGUACUAAAUAGUUUGUACUAUUAGUACAUUUAGUACAUUCGCGCUUAAAAUUGAGAAAUUUUCUAAUUUACUUUGAUAGUAUUCUUCAAACCAAGAUCAAAAAAAUCAA